AUGCAUGACGAAGCUGGUAUAAUUAGUUAUGUUCAUGGCAACAAGAAUCGACUGAUGAAAUUAGAAGAUUAUUGCGCCAUCAAGAGUUGUAAUACCAUUGAAGAAUUAAAAGCUAAAAUGCAAGCUACUAUCUAUGGUAAAGAAUUAUUAGAAGAAGCUCAAACAACUCCCAAAUCUUUCAAAGUCCUUCUCUAUAAGUGUUUGAAGAAUCAAAUCAAAACAACCGCGGCUUAUGCCACUACUGUAUCUAAAUCUUUAAUUGACUUUUAUUUAGAACACUUUCAACUAGCUAACUUUAUCUACUUAUGGGCUUGUAAGCAAGAGAGUGCUAAAAGUCUAGAACAUGCCAGUAAUACACAUCCUUUAGGUAAUUAUGAUGGGUUGAGUUUCAUUAAGGUAACUCAAGGUCCUGAAGAUACUUGGAAGUUUUGUUUAGAGAAUACUUCCUUACAUAAGUAUGUGGCUGGUUUAUCUCAUGAUAUUUUGACCCAAGAUAUUCCUCAUAUCACUAGUAUUUUACACAAGCGAUAUUUAGAACUUCUUUAUGAGUUUGCGAUUGAGCAUAAGCUUUGUUUAGCUGAGUUAGUGCAAUUUGAAGGUGAUCGACGUAUCAUUGAAAUUCUUCAUUCUACUUUAGGGUCUUCUAUGACGGCUAAGGAUAAGAUAGAUUUGUUUCCACGAUGUACGACCUUUACGGAAAUGCAGAAGCAAUUACUGGUGGGAUGUAAGAGUCUUGAUGAGUUGAAAGGUGUACUUAGUACGCAUAAGACUUAUCGGAAUGUAGUGAGUAGUGAAGUAGGGAUUGAAGAUGCACUAAGAAGAGAGGAAGUUCGGAUUUGCAAGAAAGCUUUCUACUACUACGAUGACCCCAGUAUUGUUUUUACACAGUUAAAGCUUCAGGAGAUUGAGAUCAACAUUCUUGUUUUUCUAGCCGAGUGCAUAACCCAGGGCCGCCAAGAAAGUAUGGAGGAUGUUCUCAACGUAGAGGAAGAUUAA